AUGUGCGAUUGGGGAAAAUGUGACACAGCAAUAGGGCAGCUGGAAACCCUCCUGUCUUGUGAUAUUUGUCAUCAUCUAGUUGACAACCCAUGUAUGCUGGGAGGGUGUGAGCACUGCUUCUGCAGGAGCUGUAUAUCUGACCAGUUAGGUGAAAACUGCCCUGUGUGCAACAUUCCAUCCCACGCGAGAGACGUCCAGAGUAACCGUCAGCUGGCCAACGUGGUGCUCAUGUGUAAGAGAUUCAAGAGGCUGCUGGCCCAGAACACAGCCACACAACACGAGGGAGGAGGUGAAUUAAAUUCUCCUAAAGAGACAAAGAAGAAGAAUAAAAGCCAUGACCUUGAGGAGUCCAGCCAUCAACCAGCCUCUGUUCAGAAAGAAAACCUAGUCCCACCUGUCAAUAAAGAUCCAUAUGCUGUGUAUGAUUUUGAGUCUUCACCUAUGACAACAACUUCUAAGCCAGCAGGGAGAAGAACGCGGAGUGUCACUGCUAAGAAUGUGAAAAAGAAAGCACUGGCUGCUGUAAAUAAGAGGUGGGGAAUUAAACAGUCGCCUUCAGAAGCUUCCUUUAAUGACCCUUGCACCAGCUGUAAGAAAACAAAGGAAGGAAGAGAGGAACGGAAGAGAAGAGUGCAGAUCAUUACUCCCACCAGCUCCAUUAAGUCCAAAGGUCACGUCUCCAACAUCAAUGACACAUCAAUACAAGGUGUCAGUAAUUGUUACAAUGCUGCAAUAGACAUUGCAGGGGGAUUUGUGACUGGUGACGAUGACAAGAACAAGGAUGCAGUUGAUAAAUGCAAUGUCAGUAACAGUGCCAUCAGCAGUGAAAAAACUGCUACUGCAGCUACUAAGGCAAAUGUUCUUAAUGAGGAAAUUAGCACGGACAAUGAUGCUUCUGUGACAAUUCAGACUGAGAAUGAUGACCAUAUUAACCACAUCCAGUCUGGAAAAUAUCCUGGCAAGUCUGGAGAAGAUAAAAACAGGUCUCAUGGUGGGUGUGGUGCUGACAGCAAACACCACAAGCCUGAAUGUGAUGAGCAGGAUUCUGAGCAAGGAGCUGUCACUGUGGAGGAAUUGGGCCUGUGUGCCACGCCCACCUCAGCUGUACACAGGUCACGGCGACCUAGGACACUACACCAUAGUGAGAAUCAUAGACCUAAGUCUGGAGACAGAGUCCACAAUAGAAAGUUGCCCACAGGCACAGUGCUAUCUCCUUCACCAGUGACCAUCAGAAAGACCAGAAGAUCAGCUGAGACAAAUCUCUCUCCAGCUCCAACAAGAAAGUCCAGACGAUCGUCUGAGACUCCACCUGCUUCAAUUGACUCCCCAGGUCACACAAAAACAACCAGGCAAUCUGUGGAAAAGCAGAACAUCCCUGCAGCACAAGGUAGGCACAUGUGA